UUCCUCCCUGAGCAUAGCACGCGAUGCUCCUUGAAGAAAACACGGUUGUAAUCACUAAUAUUUUACGUAUUUGCAUGAAAAUGCUUUUUGUAUCUCCAGGAAUACUUCUGAGUAGGACUUCAGUGAUAAGCCUAAGGGGUUUGGUAUUAAUUUGUUCACAAGUUAUUAGACGGUAUUGAAAGAACUAUUGAUUGCAGAUACAAUAGUAGAAGGCUAUGUAGUUUUAAUUGAUUGAAAAUUAUUUCCUUAUGCCACACACUGAUUGGCAAAUGAAAUCCACUUCCUACAUUUGCCGAAUUCAAACUUCAAACUGUGGCAGAAAUGCCUGGCAGACUGUUCAUUUGAUAUGUAAAACCGCUGAAUUUAAAUAGAAAUCCAUUAACCGCAUGAUCGUCACAGGCCUCUGCAGGGCAGCAUUUUGGCAGGAGUGGGAUGAGGUGGGGUUGAGGGGGCUGGGGGAUGUCAGCUGGUUUUGAUGUGAAGCAGUGAAAACAGGCAUGAGAGCAUCUUGAAUACUUCUUGUGCUACCAUCACACUGAAUCAGAGGUAGACAAGAAAGUAAUAAAAGCUCCUAAUUUAACGUUUGACAAUCUUCUUUUUCACUACGGAGGAAUUGGCCCGGACUGAGAAGAUGACAAUAAGAAAAUGAGACGUAGUCCUCUGAUUCGAUCCCACUGCAUAAGUGUCAUGUAGGAACAUGACAGUCUGGAGGAGUCAGGAAAAACAAACACAAUGUCUGACAGGAAUGAUGUGUGGGAGUCACCCGGCUGUGGGACGAGAGAUGAGGACAAUAAAGACACGAGUGGAUUCUCUGAACAUGAACUCCUUGACAUCAUGUAUAACGCAUGUAACACCUCCAGCACAGGAGAGGUGUUGUCCUCCACCAUCAUUCAAUAUCUUCAGACCAUGACGGCUCAGAGUCCAGAGCAGGACCGACUGGCUUCCCUGCGACGGCUGCUUGACCCUGAGUGUCAGGACCGGCACGUGAGCAGAGAGACUUUCCACUCCACCAUGAGGGAGUGGAUCGCACAGUGCAGCCAAGACAGCACUGAUUUGGAUAGCAGUCAUGUAUCUUGGCCAGACUCUCCCAAAGUGCCGGUAAACGGGCUGGAUUUGUCAGGUUCUCAAAGCCAAGCUGCGUCAUCAGAGAGCUGCCAGUGUUCCUGUGAUGGAAAAGACCUGCUAGGCACAGUGGCUGAGCUGAAGCACGCUCACCGCAAGCUGAGCGAGCAGAACAGCAGCCUGCUGCUGACGGUGGCUCAGUGUGAGGACGUGAACCUGCAGCUCACUCUGGAGGUCACUGAGCUGAGAGCAAAGCUGGCCAGUGCUCAGCGGUCAACUGCAAGAGCCCGAUCACUGACAGAAGAACUGGAGGAGGCUCGCCGUGCGUUUAAAGAGGCCCAGGAGAGAGCCAGCCGCACCCAGACCAUCUGCACCAAACUGAGCAGUGAGGUCGAAUGCCUGAAGGUUCACAUUAGGCGGCUUGAGGAAAAAAAUGAAAAACUCACUUUUGAAAGGACGUGUUCUGAAGACAGCAUCAACAAACUGAGGAAGGUCAACAGUGAGCUGAGGGCUGAACUUGAGGAAACUCGGGUUAUGCUGAUGCUAAGAGACAGAGAAAUCACUAAGAAAGACAUUCUUAUGGAUAAGAUGAAAAGUUCUCAUGUGGAGAAUCACAACAUGAUUGAGAGUCUGCAGUCAGAGCUGAUGAGGUUACAGGAACACUCACAUCAAGUUCUUCUGAGGUAUGAUAGACUCUGUAUCAGUCCUCAGAGUCUCUACAGUCGAGACCCUCCAAACCACCGCUCUCUGCAGAGUGAGAUGCAGGACAUGCAGCAGCAGCAUCACAGAGCUCUGGAUGACAUCAGCCUCCCACCCCUACAUACACUCAGUGAUGACAUUCAGAGCAUCAUCCACAGGAUCAAGUCUGCAGAAAUAGUUCAUCGUUUGCACAAUAAGUAUCCUGAGAGGACACAGGACUCUGCUCCUGUAGAGACACAGGAGAGGCCUUUUCCUCACCGCCAACAGCAACAGGCAAGCAUCAAGCAGCAGCUUGUCAAUGUGCUUCAGGAGCUGGAGCUGCACAAGUGUGUGUGGGAGGAGAAAGGAGAGAAGGUAGAGGAGCAGCGGAGAGCCUGGGACCAAAAGGAGCAAAAGCAAAGCCAGACUGGGAGCCAGACUAAGAUCCAGGAGGCCAAGAAGGUGGCUGUGGUGAACUGGUGGAAAGCCUGCAGCACAGAGGGGGUGAAGGCCCGGACCAAACAGACCCAGUCGGUCCAGGAGCUCUGUGAGACACAAGCGAAGCUCCAGCAAGCAGAGCAGACAAUCACUGAUAUGAGGGAGCAGGUCUGCCACCUGCAAGCCUCUCUAAGAUCUGCACAGGAGUGUGUCACCGAGCAGAAACACAGCAGUGGAGCUCUUCAUAUCGACAGGGGAACCAACACUGAGAGAAGAGAAUCAGACGCAGCAUUGGAGAAGGUUGUGAAGGAUCAGAGGGAUGCAGCAGUGGCCACAGAAAUUACUGGUGAAACAGCCUCAGAAUCUGAGCCAACCCAGCUUCAGGUGACUGCAGACGGCCUUCUGGCAACCCUCAAGAGGAUGGAGGCCAUGGUCAACAGCGCCCUGGAGACUGCUGAGCUGGUGAGGGAGAGCGAGCAGAGGGUGAGCCAGGUGACAGAGAGGAUGGAGAGCAUGACCCAGAGGGUGGAGGAGGCUCUGGACCGAGCAGCCGUCACUGACGAGCAGCUGGACCUCCUGGAGGCCAAAAUCACAGAACAAGCUCUAACUCAGUCUCCAAGCCCAAGUCUGCCAGCUGAACCUGGAACAUGCUUUACAAUUGAGUCUGAUGUGGAGCCUGAAGACAGAGACAGAGCAGAGAGUCCUCCUCCACCUCCUGUAAUCCCAGAAGUCCAUGAGCCUCCACAGCUAUCCACAAAUGGUGGCACAGGACGAGGCAGUUGCAUCAAGCUCCAGGAAGAGGAGGCGCGGCACUCGCUUCGAGGAACUCCUCUUGAACGAAUUGAUCUUAAAGCCAAGGAGUCCUGCGCUGCUGAGAGGCCUUUCGUGUUCCCCCACACGCGCUCACGCCCCUCGCUGCCGCCCGCCAUGCCCACGCUGCCCGAGGAAGAAGAGGACUCCCCGGAGGAGCUGGAUAGUUCCUCCAGCUCUCCCAGUACAUCUACACCAGGUGAAAGUCGAGCUGUCGUCAUGACGGCCCCCACCAUCGUCUACCCGCAGCAAGCCACAAUUGUUCAGCAAGAUGGACGUCCCCUUGAGCAGGCCAGGCCACAUAGUCCCAGAUCUCGUUUGGCCAGGAAUUCGUCUGGAGGACCCAUCACAACAGUUGACAGCACAGGUAAUGUGAUCGAUCUGGUGAAGGAUCAGCUGCCGGAGCUGCAGCUCUCUGACGAGGACCGACAGAAGAACCUGGAGCUGCUCGAACAGGCCAAGAAGGUCAGCGACCGCUUCCUGACGCGCCGCGGCCGCCGCUCCACCGGCAGCCUCACCGACUCACCCACAGGUCUUUCUCCAACUCCAACUCCAACUCCGUCGUCCUCACCGUGUUCAUCUAGAAGCAGCUCACUGACUGUGGCUCCUCAGACUGGAUCCACAGAGGCAACCCAUGUCAGCUUGCAGUCAGUGGGGCAGCAUCUGGAGGUUCCUUCGGUGCGGGAACAGCGUGAUUUAACACCUCAGGAUCAGGAGGGCAACAGGCUGUUGGUGGAUCGGAAGCCCAUUGAGAAGAGGAAAGUGUCUUCUGGGACUCUAACACCCCGUUUUGCUGUUCAGAAAGAGAACUACGAUGCCUCUGUACCUAAGAGUCCUCCAGCAGUUGGUAAAGAGGAUGAGGGAGCUGGUGCAGGCCGAAACCCCAACCAGGUUCCAGCCACAGGGGUGGCUAAGCCCGUCCCCCGACCCCCUACUCAACAGGCCCCUUGUACAGCAGAGAUCAAGAUUAUUGGGGCCUUCCCUCCACUAAUGAGGGCUGUUUCUUGGGAUGCUGUUGGUAGUCUUAAUUCUAGAAAUGGAGCCCCGAAUUUCCCUCCUUCAUCAGAGGAAAACCACUCAGACAAGCCCAGAGACAGUGUGUUCAAAUCCUCAGGGUACAAGGACCUCCCCGCCCAGCCGGGGAGUGUACAUAAACUUUCGAAACUCAAAGAGGACCACAAACUGAUGCGUAACCAAAGCAUAGUGGGAUCCAAGUUGCCAGACUUGAGUGAAGCCGCUGAACAGGAAAAAGGGCCUCCACCCUCUGCAAACUCUGCCAGCAGUGAAGAGGCAAGGGAGAAGUGUGACGCCAUGCCAACCAUUUCAGAUGUCAUGUUGAGAAAACUCAAACUUCACAGAGGUCUACCAGGCUGUGCACCCCCACUCACUGAAAAAGAAGUUGAGAACGCAUUUGUCCAGCUGUCACUGGCCUUUCGUAAUGACAACUACACUCUGGAGAUGCGGCUCAAGCAAGCAGAGAGGGAGAGGAACCUGACUGAGGAAGACACUGAGAAAGAACUAGAGGAGUUCAAAGGAUCACUGAAGAUGACUUCACCACAGUGGCAGAGCCUGGAGCAGCGUGAGGCCUACCAGCGCCUCGUAGAGACAGUAGCAGUGUUGCGCCGACUGGCCACACGGCUCUCCAGUAGAGCAGAGAUAGUUGGAGCAGUUCGACAGGAGAAACGUAUGAACAAGGCCACCGAGGUCAUGAUGCAAUAUGUAGAAAAUCUGAAGAGGACAUAUGAGAAGGACCAUGCUGAGCUGAUGGAGUUUAAGAAGCUGGCAAACCAGAACUCAAAUCGCUGUUAUGGCGGAUCUGUAGACACUGGAGAUGAUGGAGUUCCCCGGCCAUCGAGAUCCAUGUCCCUCACCCUUGGAAAGGCUUUACCCAGGCGACGGGUGAGCGUAGCGGUGGUGCCUAAGUUUAACCUCCUGAACAUCCCAGGUCAGACUCCAGCCACAGCUGGCCCAGGCCCGGGCCCCAGCACGGGACCGACCACUGGUGCUGCUCUUCCUGUCCUGUGUGAAGCAACUGAUGUGAAAGGCAAUCCUCCCACAGAGGCAGCACAGCCAGCAACACCUGAAUGUGGAAAGAGUGUGCCAGAGCAGGAAAGUGAGCCAGCCAAGCCUUCAGUCAACUUAGAGGAGUUAAGAGCCGAGAUCAGAGCCGAGAUCAAGGCAAAGAUCGAGGAGGAGGCGUAUAAUAAAGGCUACCAAGAGGGAAUGAAGCAAAGUAGAGCACUCCAGGAGGAGAAGCAUGAAGAGGAAAACUCUGUGGAAAAACUGCUGGAAAUGAAAAAUAAGGAUGAAGAGAGUGGAAAGAAGAUAAACACAAGCAGGAGGAUGGAGGAGGUCCUGGUUCUUCUUGCUCGCUAUUGUCCCAAGAUUUCCUUGAGUCGGCGACUUCUCUGGGUCGCCCUGACGCUGUUUGUGGUGAUGUGUCUGGUUAUCAGUAUCUUUACUUUCUUCGGUGACCACUACAACAGACGUGAGGACACGUAAGCAGAGAAGAACUUUGUGCGAGGCAAGAUGAAGAUCUUUGGACUAAGUGUAGGAGCGCAUCCAAAGAACCAGAGAGCAGAAUAUUAGAGACGGCAGUCGUCCUCUGUCUGUGUCAGUUUACCUUAUCACCACACCCAGACUCACUUGAAUCCAUGGCCCGACUCUCGGGGGCCAAAGAUGUUUUGGGAGACUUUAUGGAUGAUGCUGCCUUUAACAGCAUUAAGUUAUAAUUUUGUUUGGAUUGGAAAAUUGACAGAUUGUUUGCUGCAGCAAAAAAAAAACAAAAACAAAAGAAGAUUAUUUCUGUUUAGGGACCAAUUAGAUUGUGUGAUGAGUAUACGUAUAUUUAAAUUUAGAUCCAUACGUAACGAUAGGUUCCGGUUUGGGUACUUUUUGAUGUUGAAUAUCGCACUUUCUAUUGAAUUUAUAGAGGAAAAGUCUAUAUUUAUCUACACUCUAAUGUUAAAAUAUAAUCCCUCAGGUCCAGUAGAUAAUAAAGCCUUUGAGAAAGGUUAUAUUUAAAGAUUUAGGAUAUAAAGGAAUGUUUUUAUUUUUUAAUUUCUAUCAUGUGUAUUUAAAUACUUUAAAAUAUGAGCACAUUCCAAAGUAGUUCCUUAAAGUGCAAUAUUUUGCAGUUAAUGGUUCUCAUUUCUGUCAUUUUGGACUGUGUUAUCAGAGCACUGAGAGAUUUUCUUCAUAUAUGAGAGCACUGUUUAGAUGCUAGGAGGCUUACUUCUUUUUUGCACGCGUGCCUUUCCUUUGUUGUUUGUUCUCUUUUUAUUCUCUUGCCACUUCACCUUUAAAUAAAGGUGCCUGAAAACAUA